AUGCAAUACGCCAUCCUCUUUACUCUCCUUGCUUUGGCAUGUGGCGCUGUAGCGCAGCCAACGAAGAACAUCAAGAACCUCUACUGCGACAUAGAUGACCCAGUCUUCUUCUUGCAGACCCCGACAGCCGGGUUUUGCUCAGCAGCCGGCGGCAAGUCAGAGCCCCUCAACGGGUGUUGCCUGGAUAUUACCAAGGUGCCGGACUCGGCGGAGUUCUACGCGCAGGUCUGCAGCCGCAACAAGGGCAAAGUCUCGGAGGGGGAUUCGUCCCGGUGUAAAUGGGUGGGGGUGGCGUGA